GAGCAAAAGAAACAUGCUGCGCAUACGAACCAGUUCUAUUAUUCAUUACUACAAAUAUGUAUUUGGAGAACUAGCGGAUCCACGCACCAACGACUGGUUCCUCAUCUCCAGCCCCAUCCCAGGGCUGAUCAUCAUCUUCCUGUACCUACAGUUCGUGAACAAAUGGGGCCCACGCUAUAUGGCCAACAAGCCGCCCUUCCAACUUCAGAGGACCCUGGUGGUGUACAACUUUCUGCAAGUUUGCGUCAGCUGCUGGAUAGUAUAUGAGGGUCUGGAUGCGGCUUGGCUUCGGCACUAUAGUUUGAGGUGCCAACCAGUGGACUACUCUAACAGCCCCGAGGGGAUGAGAGCUACCCGAUGCGUAUACAUAUACUUCCUGGCGAAGAUGACAGAGCUCCUGGACACGGUGUUCUUCGUGCUCCGCAAGAAGGACCGCCAGAUCACAUUCCUCCAUUUGUACCAUCACGCUGCCAUGCCUAUGAUAUCCUGGGGAGCGACUAAAUACUUUCCCGGCGGGCAUGGCACGUUCAUCGGCCUCGUGAACUCCUUCGUUCACAUCUUCAUGUAUGCGUAUUACAUGCUAGCUGCCCUAGGUCCUGAGUACCAGAGGAAACUGACCUGGUGGAAGCGGCAGAUUACUACACUUCAAAUGGUCCAGUUCUGCUUAACGUUCCUCCACUCCUCGCAACUGCUCUUCUACGACUGCGGCUACCCUCGCUGGACGGUCGUCUUCACUCUUCCUAAUUCCAUCUUCUUCUACUAUCUCUUCUACGACUUCUAUCAUAAAGCCUACAAGAAGCCUAAAGUUGACGCUGUGAAAAAUGUUAAAGAAAAUGGCGUCAAAUUACAAAGAAUAAGAGAAGAAUAUGAGGAAAGUAGGAAAUGUUGCUAA